CGUACCCCCAGUCAUGGCUUUCCAUUUGGGGUCCCUGGGCUUCCUCACCCCCUUCAACUUUGAGAACUUUCAGUCUCAGGUCACCCAAGUCAUAGAAGGCAACGCGGCCCUCAUUCUCCGAAGCAGGCUCAAGGUGAAGGUGAUCAAGGAACACUGGGAGAAGAAGGCCGUGAUUCAGAACGGGAUUGAAGAAAACGGAGUGGUGUCUUCGGGUCUGGAGAAAGAAAUGUUUAAGCAAGCAACUCAGUAUCUG